AUGGAAUUUUAUAAUCUCGAGCCUUGGGGUGUUAUUGAAGAUAAUGAGUCUCAGGCAAAUACAAAUCAGACAACAAAUCAGGCUAAUCAAGAAAGCAAAGAGGCAAAUAAAAAGAAUGAAAUAGAUGUAAUUACACCUGCUUUUGGAUUGCUUAACAUUGUGGAUGAAAUAAUCGAAGAAAAGGAAGAUGAGGUUGAAGAUGAAAAAAAUCUAGAUACAAGUGAGAAAUUACUUCGUCUGGUUAUAGACGAUGAUGAUGAGGAUAAACCAUUAGAUUGGACUGUUGAACCAGAAAAUCCAUUUCGUGAACCAACACCCCAACCACCAACUACAACCAUACGACCUUUUAAUGAAAUAACAACUAAACAUGUUCGACCAAAUAAAGGCUCUAUUCCUUUACUAGACUAUCUUUGCGAAAUAAAAAACUGUUCACUUAAAGAACUACAUGUGCUUUUUCAUAAUCUCGAAGUUCGGCGCGAACUUAUAGAAAAUUUGCAACAAAAUGUCCAAAUACGUACUUCUCAUCUAAAGCCGAGUUGUAAAAAUUUCAACGUCUAUUGCCAUGAUUUAACAGCGCAAUCUGCAAGUAAUGUUCUAGCUAUGGGAGGAUAUCUUGGAAUAACGGUUCGCGGGUACUACUACGUCAAGCACAAACUCAAACUCUGCCACCCAUAUUUACCGUGCCUUAUACAAUUUGGAGGAGGACACCAUCGAUCAUUUUACCCGCUUGAAUGUCUCAAUGUGAUCCGUCACAAGAUGAAAGGAGGAUGUUCAUAG